AUGGCAUCUAAUCCUUGGUGGUCCUCGGGUUAUUCGGACGAAGAGGAGAUGAUUUUCGCAAACACUGUGGUAAAGGCGGCGCAGAUUCUUAUGGAGGAGGAAGAGGAAAACGACUCGUCUGAAAGCGUUAUUACCAGACGAAUACGGGUUAACAGAGACCGCGAAGGAGCGCACGAGAAAUUGGUGAACGAUUAUUUUUGGGAUGCACCCCAUUACAACGCCGACAUUUUCAGACGAAGGUUCCGAAUGAGUCGCCGGUUAUUCACACAGAUUGCUGAUGAUUUGGCGGGGGUAGACCCGUUUUUCACGCAACACCCGGAUGCUCGGAAUUAUGAAGGGUUCACCACAUUACAAAAGUGUACUGCGGCCAUUCGCCAUCUGGCGUACGGGACAGUGUUCGACGCUUUGGACGAGUACUUACAGAUGUCGGCAAGAACUACGCGGGAAUGUUUGUAUCGAUUUUGCCAUAAUGUGGUGAAACUGUAUAGCAAAAAAUAUUUGCGGAAACCAAACGUGUAUGAUGUUCAGCAGUUGUACCAAGCUCAUGAAGCACGACACGGGUUUCCGGGAAUGCUUGGUAGCAUUGAUUGUUCACUCAACGACCUCAAUGUGCUAUACCAAUCGGCGGUCUUUAGCGAUGAGGUUAAUGGCACCAGUCCGGACACCCGUUUUACAGUUUCUGGGGUUGAGUAUAGACGCGGGUAUUAUCUUGCUGACGGAAUAUAUCCGUCUUGGUCUACAAUUGUCAAGACAAUUCCAUAUCCCGAGGACGAAAAACGGAAAAAAUUCGCCAAGUGUCAAGAAGCUGCAAGAAAAGACUUCGAACACGAAGGUCGGGCGAUUUGUGAGUAUGAUGAGAAUGCAUCUUACGGGAAUAUUGUCCCAGUAGAGCCGACGCAACUGGAUUUAAACUCGUUCGCGCUAACCAACGACUAUACACAUGCAAACCUUCAACAGGAUUUGGUAGAACAUAUAUGGAACAACGCAAACGACUUGGACGGUGACGAAGACGAGUAG